AUGUAUCAAUCAUCUCCUGAAAAACGGAAAUAAAUGUAGAAUUAAGGUAGAAUAAUGGAGGAUAUUACAUGCAUUAUUGAUUGCGGUAAUAUGGGUUCUCUUUUUUUGGGAAAUAUAGAAAGUGCAAGUAACAAGACAUAAUAAAUAAGAUGACAUUAGUCUACUUAAAAAACAUAGAAUAACAUCUAUUUUAUCAGUUUGUGUUUCUAAAAUAUCAUAUGCUGUUAGUUCAUAGAUGAAACAUUAUGAACAUUUCAUUUUGGACGAUUGUGAGAAUGAGAAUAUUUAUCGAUAUUUUAAUCCAUCUUUUUAAUUUAUUGAAAAGACUAGGUUAUCAGGAAAUGUAUUAGUUCAUUGCAUGGCUGGUAUUUCCAGAAGUGCUUCAAUUAUUGCUGCUUAUUUGAUGAAAAAACAUAAUAUAACUUCUAAAUAAGCCUUGUAAUAAUUACAAAGGAAAAGAUGGUAGGUUUACCCUAAUGAUGGAUUUGUCAAAUAGUUACUCUAAUAUGAAAAAGAAUUAAAUAAGAGAUAAGAAGAAAUACCAAUUGACUGGAAUGGAAAAAUAAUGUAUAAAUUAUAAUUUAUAAUUUAAAGUAAAACAAGUAUAUCAGAUACAUCAGUUACUUAAAUACAUAAGUCUAAUGAUAGUGAAUCAGUAUAGAAUGAAUAUUAAAAAAUAAGAAAGAAAUAUAUUGAUAAUGAAAAAUAAUUGGAUUUAUUGCAGAAAUCUACAUAAUAUUCAUUAUAAUAAUAAAGAAAAACUCAUUUUGAUAUAUUAAAUAAUGGAAUUGAUCAACAAAUCAAAAGAUUAUAAUAAUAUUCUGAUAGUAAAAUAAUGCUAAAUACAAUUGAAUCUAGAUUAGCUAUUAAUACUGAAAAUCAGUAAAAAAAAUAAAAAUAAAUGGAUACAAGUAAUAUAUAGAAAUAUUUAUAUUAGUCAAUACUUUGAGCAAGAAUUCAACUGUAAAUAAAGGAAUCUAAUUAGAUUCAAUGAUAUAAGCUCCAAAAAAACAAGAAUUUCUAAGCAAAUAUUAACCUGUUACAACUAGAGAUUAAACUUUAGCCAAUGAUUAUAUGCUUACUAAUAAUUCAUAGUAAAAAUUAGAUAAUCUCUUUAAUUAAUUUGGUGGAAAGUCUAAAUACUAAUACAAAUGA